AAAAUGCACCAAAGUACAAAGAUGUGUUACAUCAACGAGAUGUUUGGCAUGGAGCAAAAAACCUUGCUAAGAAGGUUAUCACUGUAUGUAUGAUUUUUGCAGCGCAAUGUUUGUAUCAAUUUCUAUAAGUAAUGAUUUGCAUUUUUUACUGUAGGCUGCUAAUGAGAAGGGAAAUGAAGAUCUCUCGCACUGGAUUGCUUCGGUCAGAAACCAUUUUUGGUACUGCAGUCGAAAGUGUGGUGGUAGUACAGCAGAUUUCAAGGUGUAUAUAAUAUGUUAAAAAACUAUGUAACAUUAUUUUUAUGUUGGUAAAUACUGUAAGGACUUGCAAAAUAUUGCCGGAUAUUUGUGGUUCCAAACUUGAUUCGUUAUCAUUAGCGGCAAUUUGGCUAAUUAGCUUCAUUAAGUGUCUUGAAUUUUAACAUUGUAAUCUAUUCAAUAGGACUUGUGGAUUGGCUUGCUCCACCAUGUGGUUGAUGAACAUCAGUGGGUGCUGAAUGACGGAAUAGGACAGGGGAAAUGUGACCAUAGUGUGUUGACAGAAGAAGAAAGGUCAAAACCUUGGCUGCUAAAGGAUUCCUCUCCACACAAAGCCUUAAGACAAAUAAUUUUGCACAAGCGACUGCUAAAUGAAUUGCACUACUACACCAAUUUUAGGUUAGUGUAAAAUGUGCAGUUAAAUAAGCAAACCUUACCAGUGGCAGAAAUUAACAUUUUCUGCAGGUGGAAGCAGUGUAAAUUGCUGAACAAACUUUCAAAUUUCUGGCAAACCUCAGUUGCUGUGGCCACGCUCAUAUUUGGAAUGGCCGUUUUAGCCCUCUUAUAGGCCAAAAUUUUUAAAAAUUUGUCAUUUGUCUGUGAAGGUGGGGGCGGGGGGAACACCCCCCCCCCAACUUAGAUUUCCGCCACUGUACCGUACAAAAUAGAUUUUCAUCUCAAAAAGACACUUUAGUCCAUUUCAUUGAUAUAGGAAUCAUCAAGGUCGUAUCAUAUAUAAUACAGUGUUCACAUUCUUGUAUAGACACACUGGAUUUUUGGAGUCCUUUCACAAUCAUUUGCUGAUGUAUUGUCCCAAACGCCUUUCUUACACGUAAGUACAAAUUGUGAGUUCAAUUUAUUUACGGUGUGUGAUAAAAAUAGUUUCUUAACCCAGUAACUGGCCGCGGUUUUACAAUGACAUUGAGACAUUUAUGUCCUAAGAUACACCAUCACAAUGAUUAUUGCUUCUUUUUUAUAGGAUUAUUGGAUACAAGCUAAGGAACCAACUAGCAGCAAUUGACUUUAACAAACACAGGAGUCGAGAAAUAGCCAAAACAGCAGAUGAGACACCCAG